GGCCGCUUCUGUUAGCAGGUACCUUACCUGCACCAUCUAAACGGUACGUACCCCGAUAACGUGUCUAAGCCUCAAUCUGCGUCUCCAGUUUCUUCUGCCCCCUUUUCCCUCUUCCCUCUCUUUUGCCUCCACGCGCCUCUUCGCCAAACCCGAGCGCUUCUCUAUUCGACGCUGUCGCCAAUCGCCUUUUCCUCCUCCCUUCGUUUUUGUGCUUCUUGUUUCUUGUUCCGUUUGCGUGUCGUCUCCCUAAUAAUACCGCCUUCUUCUCUCCUUCUUUUGUGGCAGGCACACGAGUCAUUGCUGGCUAGGGGUCCUCACUCUCACUCUCUUUAUUUGCGACCGCGCAGCACCACAGCCGAGCAGAACAGAGCAGGGUUCCAGCUCUUCGAUUUCGCAGCGACAGGCGGAGUAUGCAGCGAUAAUGUUUGUCGGCGGCGUUCGAUCCUCCAAGCUGUCGGCCCUCUUGGCCGGCGCAAUCAUCUUCAUCAUUGUCUUUGCUGGCCUCGUCUACAACCAGCUGGACGUUGCCGAGCUGCCCAACAGGACGCAGCCAAACGCAGGCACCGCUCCCUCUGAGCCCUCCAAGCAGGCUCCCCCGUCCGAGCCGGUGAAACCCGUCGAGCCCGUCGAGCCUACCAGGCCCAAACAGCCCGCCAAGCCCGACAUUCCCGAAUCCAGCUUCCGCGAUGUCUGGUUCGACGUGCACAAGCCGUCCAUCACGCCCAACUCCAGCUUCUAUCAGCCGUUUGGCGCCUUCAAGUUCGACCUCAAGCACGGCGUUCACUUUCCGGAACCCCUCGGCCACGAUUUGUGCAUCAUCGAUCUUGAUAACCGCCCCUUUGAUGCGCCUCACCAGAUCUUCGGACCCAAUGUCAUGAGCUGGGAGAAGAACGCAGACAAGGUCCACGGCCUGUCUAUGGGUGUUCUGAACCACUGGCUCUAUGCCAAGAUCCACGGCUACAAGUACUACUUUGUCGCCAUUGAGAAGCCCGAGGACCGCCGCGCCUCGUGGAAAAAGGCCCCGGUCAUCUCCACUAUCCUCAAGGAGCACAAGACCUGCCUGUACCUCGACUCCGACGCCAUCUUCCAGAAUCUCGACCUUCCUUUUGAGUGGCUGCUGAACUACUGGAACCUCGACCCUCGCAACAACUCCCUCGCCCUGGCCGUGGACCCCAACCGCGAGUACAACAAGGACAAGUUCGGCAAGCUGAUGCUCAACACCGGCUUCAUCGUUGCGCAAAACAACCCCAAGACGUACGAGAUCAUGGACGCCUGGGCGGGAUGUCCCGAGGAGGACGGCAAGCACCCCGAGUGCGUCGAGUUCCGCACCAACUCGCCCGGCCGGCCCACCGACCAAGGCGGCUUCGGCACCUUUAUCCGAUACGACUACCCCGACGACAUCCGGCAGCUGCCCUGCACCGACGCCAACGGUUUCCCUAACAGCGAUUCUGAGUGUGAAGGACGCUUCAUCCGCCACUUGUGGACCGGAAAGGACAGCUGGAUCAAGGUGUUUGUCGGCCAGCAGGUUCCCGGCCGCUAUCUCGAGCUGUUCCACCAAGAGUUUCUCGACGAAAAGUCCGAAUUCUACAUUACCGAAAAGGAUCUCAUGGCCAAGAGCGCGGCCAAGGAGGACGAGUAACCCCACGACAGUAUCGAGCAAAUACAUCUACAGCGGCAUAUAAACCAGCAAUCGUUAAUACGGCCACUUCAUUUUCGCUAGGCCGUUCUUGGAACCACGCUCCUGGUUUCCUUGUCUUUUUUUAUAUAACACGACAUGUAGGAAAGGGGGGCAACAAGAAAAGGCACAGCAUGUUUUAUCGUUUGGGAACGGGAUCCGGUGCAGGAUGCACGGUUUGUAUAUGUAUAAUCACGAAGCUAUUGGUUCUAUCGGAGAAGCAUUAGGGAUGCUGAGGCCAUGGCCUGCCAGAAUAUUUACAAUGACUUGAUGACAU